AUGUUUGCUCUGGGUGGAGCGCUGCGCGCGAACGCUGUGAAGAUGGGCUCGGCGGCCCUGCCGCUGUUUGCCCGCGGGAUGGCCGCCAAGGCUGCGGACACCGGAUCGCUCGGUACGGUGACGCAGGUCAUUGGUGCCGUCGUCGACGUCAAGUUUGAGGACGGCGAGCUGCCGGCUAUCCUCAACGCGCUUGAGGUUCAGGACCACGACAUCCGUCUUGUGCUCGAGGUUGCCCAGCAUCUGGGUGAGAACACCGUGCGGACGAUUGCCAUGGACGCCACCGAGGGUCUCACGCGUAACGCGCGUGUUCUCGACACCGGUGCGCCGAUCCAGGUGCCUGUGGGCUCUGGCACGCUCGGCCGGAUCAUGAACGUCAUCGGCGAGCCGAUUGACGAGCGUGGCCCGAUCAAGUCGGACAAGGUGAUGCCGAUUCACUGCGAGCCGCCGGCAUACGUGGAGCAGUCGACCAAGGCCGAGAUUCUCGAGACGGGGAUCAAGGUUGUCGACCUCCUUGCGCCGUACGCCAAGGGUGGUAAGAUUGGCCUCUUCGGUGGUGCCGGUGUCGGUAAGACCGUGCUCAUCAUGGAGCUGAUCAACAACGUGGCCCAGGGCCACGGUGGUUUCUCGGUCUUCGCCGGUGUCGGCGAGCGCUCGCGUGAGGGCAACGACCUCUACCACGAGAUGAUCGAGUCUGGCGUCAUCCAGCUCGACACUGACGACUCGAAGGCCGCUCUGGUCUACGGUCAGAUGAACGAGCCGCCUGGGGCGCGUGCCCGUGUUGCUCUCACCGGGCUCACGGUCGCCGAGUCGUUCCGUGACGAGGGCCAGGAUGUCCUCCUCUUUGUGGACAACAUUUUCCGGUUCACCCAGGCCGGUUCGGAGGUGUCUGCCCUUCUCGGCCGCAUUCCGUCUGCUGUCGGUUACCAGCCGACGCUCGCGACGGACAUGGGUGCCAUGCAGGAGCGCAUUACCACCACCCGCCAGGGUUCGAUUACCUCGGUGCAGGCCAUUUACGUGCCGGCUGAUGAUCUUACCGAUCCGGCCCCCGCCACCACCUUUGCGCAUCUUGACGCCAAGACCGUGCUCUCGCGUAACAUUGCCGAGCUGGGCAUCUACCCCGCUGUGGACCCGCUUGACUCGUCGUCGCGUAUGCUCGACCCGCGCAUUGUCGGCCAGGAGCACUACAACGUCUCGCGUGCCGUCCAGAAGGUUCUCCAGGACUACAAGUCGCUCCAGGACAUCAUUGCCAUUCUCGGCAUGGACGAGCUCUCGGAGGAGGACAAGCUUGUGGUCUCGCGCGCCCGUAAGAUCGAGCGCUUCCUCUCGCAGCCGUUCCAGGUCGCCGAGCCGUUCACCAACAUGCCCGGCCGCCGCGUCGAGCUUGCCAAGACCAUCGAGUCGUUCAAGGAGAUCCUCUCUGGCGAGCUUGAUGACCUCCCCAACAACGCCUUCUACAUGGUCGGCGACAUCGACGAGGUCAAGGAGAACGCCCGCAAGAUGGCUGCCAACGUCAAGGCCUAA